CCCCCUCCCCCCCCUCCUCCUCUGCUUGAACCGGGGCUCGUUUACCUAUCUACAGACCUGCUGCUGACGGUCAUAUGCAUGCCGGGCACACGUCAGCCAGCAGAUUCACUCCCAUUCCGGUUUUCUCGUUCCGACGCCUUGCUUCCCAUACUUCCUUCCCCUCACUCCACUCCGAGUCCCCCGUCAUUUGCCCCGGGGAAUUUGGCGAUUCAUUGACACUGCCACGAUUUGACGCAUCAAGUAUUUACCCAGUACCGCUCACUGCUAUCCCCGAGUGAAGUCCGUCGAAUCCAGCGCCUCUCCACGGCGAGAUCCGCAAGUCGCAUACUAAUCGUCUCCAUCAACAAUCGCAAUGGAGUCUCAGGCAGAUUCAGCCCAGUCAAUUAGCGCGGAUGAGAUCGCUUUGUAUGAUCGCCAAAUCCGCCUCUGGGGAGUCAAGGCACAAGAAAAGUUACGAUCCGCUAAUAUACUCCUUAUCACGUUCAAAGCGCUGGCAAACGAAGUUGCGAAGAAUCUGGUGUUGGCAGGCAUUGGUUCCUUGACGAUCAUCGAUCAUGAACUUGUUAAAGAAGAGGACCUGGGGGCGCAAUUCUUCAUCAACCAGGAACACUUGGGCCAGAACCGUGCACAAGCGGCAGCACCCUCUGUCCGUGCCAUGAACCCUCGGGUCCACCUUCACAUUGACACCGAGGAUGUCCAUCUAAAACAGCCGGAUUUCUUUGCUCAAUUCGACAUCACCAUCGCAACUGAGCUCGACUUCGCUACAUACACAACCAUCAAUGCGGCGUGUCGCAUCGCUAAUCGUCCCUUCUAUGCCGCAGGGUUGCACGGUUUCUACGGCUUCGUCUUCGCCGAUCUGAUCUCUCACGAUUUCGUCAUGGAGCGUUCCAAAUCGAACGUCCCGUCCCCAACGCAGGAAACUCCCACUCGCAGCAUCCUGAACAUCACGACGAAGAAGGAAAAUGAGAAGGUUAUCGAGAUGGUGACCAAGCGGGAGGUGUAUUCCCCACUGAUCCUCGCCAACACCUCACCCCUCCCCGAGGAUUUUACCAGGGUCGCACGGAAACGCAAACAAGUGACACCUCUUCUCACCUGCCUUCGUGCCUUAUGGGAGUACCAGAAAUCAUCCGCCGGCGCCCUGCCAACCUUCUCCCACCAAGACCUGGAAGUCUUCACGAAACAUGCCCGUGACUGCCACCAGGAAUUGAAACUCGACAUCACCACCCUGGACGCAGGGUUCCUACGCACCUUCCUCCAGAACUUGGGAAGCGAGCUAAGCCCCGUGGCCGCAUUCGUAGGCGGCAACCUCGCCCAGGACGUGAUCAACGUCUUAAGCGCAAGAGAGCAACCCCUCCAGAACAUGCUCCUCUUCGACGGCGAACGAUCCACCGCUCCCAUAUAUCCCUUACAUCCAUUCUUCCCACCCGAAGUCGAGAACGUCCUACCGACCGUGCUUCCAACCUCCAAUGUAAUCUCAUUGGACGGUGAGCCAGCCACGGUACCCUCCUUACCCUCCCGCUGAGCGACGGUCUGGGUAGAAUGGCAGUGGAAAUUCUUCGACGCUCUUUCCCUGCAUAAGGGCCUCCCUCCAUCCUAGGUGGGGUGGGAUCCUCUCACGACGUGUACGAUAGAUCUGAUAAAGCGAUUUUCCAGGGCAUUAUUUUAACCCACCUUGAGUAUUUUACUUUACUUUACUUCCCUAUUAUUCCUACGUUAUUGUACAGUGAGUGAUUCGUAAUGGAUGAAGAGCAUUGAUUCUGAUAGCGUUAUAUCUCAUUCAACCAUACCCCUCCUUUCCUCCUGAUCCAUACGCAAGAAUAAAGAAAUACCCUUAGAAAAGGGGAGUGGGCGUGUAGGUAAAGAAAGAUAAAAUCAAUUUAUAUGAAAUGGAG